CAUAAUAGGAAAAUUUAUAAUUCAUUAUUAUUGCAGAAAGAAGAAGAAGUUGGACACAGAAGAAUUUUGGAAACCCCGGUGUUUGACCGACUAGGGUUAUUUUUUUCGAGCGCUCGAACAUUUACCAAAUUACGUACAUAUAUAUAACUUUUUUAAUUUCUUAACAAUUUUGUUGAAGGGUCAGUUAAAACUUUUAUCUUCAAUUUUAUAAGUUAACCAACACUAAACACACUUAUUUUAAUUCAUUAUGACCACCCUUUGCGCCUUCACUUUAUUAAAGAUUUGCAACAAUUUGUAAUAACAAAGGUGCAAAAUAUACUUGUAAAUAAACAAUAAUAUAAUGGGGACCAAGGAACGUUCCGGCGCACUCGGCGUAGUUCUUAAACUAGAUGAGUUAUGUACAAAAACAUUAGUUGCAUUUGUAUUCCUAUGUAUACCAGUUUACAAAUUACGGCCAUAUUGCAAAUAUUUGGAGAUAUCAUGCAACGGCAUUGCUUGGUUGGCUGGAUGGAUAGCAUUUAUUUGUAUAGCUAAUAACGAAUCACUUUACCAAAUGCAGUUCACACUGCUAUUUGGUCUAAUAUUAGAUAUUAUCAUAAUUGCUGUGUUGAAAGCAAUGUUUCGUCGACGGCGACCAACAAUGUGUUCAGAUAUGCUGGGACGUGAUAAGUUUAGUUUUCCUUCAGGCUAUGCGUCCAGAUCGGCAUUUAUAUACAUGUUUUUCACUGUGAUAAAUCCAGUUCCAGAGAAUUUAUGGUUGGCCAUAUUUUCGUGGACACUAGGUGUGUGUUUGUCAAGAAUUUUACUUAGACGGCAUUAUAUAUUAGAUGUACUUGGCGGUAUUGGUGUUGGUAUUGUUGAAGCGCUUAUUUUAGGUUGGAGUGGUGAAAAUGGUGCCUCAAAUAUUAUUAAUUAUGUCACGAAUAAUUAUUUGACCGGUGGAGAAGAGUAAAAAUUAUUAUUUUUUUGCAUUGUAUUAAAAAGUUGUAAAUUUGUUAAGCAAAACGUUAGCCAAAAUAACAAAUUGAUGUGACUCAUUGACCAAAUAAGCAUAGGAAUGUAAAGUGUACUCUGUGCAAUGAGAUAAAAGACACAACAGUUUUGUGAUAAAUAUGCUAACACCUAAGAUUUUGUAUUGCAUUAAUAAAAAGUAAAUAUGAUUUAAAAAUUAAA